GACUUUGGUGACAUGUUGAAGCAGGCUCAUGAUUUUGAAGAGAACUCUAUUACAGUCGAGGUCUAGUCAAGUUAAACGCAUGCAACCGCACCAUUUGCACGGCCGAGGGCCCGAGGCAGUAGCUUUGUUGCCAGCCGGUAUUGGCCUAUUGGGCCAUAUUUGAUAUACGGGAUUACUGGUUGAUAAUUCAAUGAUAUUACCUAAUUCAAGCAUUCACUGAAUGAAGAAAGAUUAACGAAGACCGACAAUCAAGUAUCAACGCAUGUGAGACCUACACACAUACCAAAAAAGAUGACAUUAAACGGUGCCGUUACGAGAGACGGGUGCGGGAGGCUGCACCAGGCGUUGUCCGAUUGCCACCGCCGCAUUCCAGCGGGUCCAGGACGCGAGUCGACGUGUCGCCACCUGAAUCAGGCGCUUGCUCAGUGCCUCGUGUCCCAGGCGUGCCCAGAAGAGUUCGAAGCCGUCCGCACCCUCUGCGCCAGCGGUGGCACCGCUCUCAAGCGGUCUCAGUGCCAGCAGGCCCAGGUCUCUCUUGCUGUCUGCCUCUCCUCUCAUCAAGAACAGCAAUAGCAGUUAAAGCAUCAAUUUUUGCACCGAAACCCUAACCCUAUUCAAUUUUAAAAUUCAGAUUAUUUAUUUUCUGAUAACGGGCUCAAGUGUUGUUUUCCUUGUGUGAAAGUUAAUUUCUUUCAAUUCAUCGUCAAGUAUUGACUGUUCUUUGUGUGAUCAGUCAUCAAAGAGAAUGUGUGCAUACUUACACUCAGAGAGCUUCUGCAAUUGCUUUGAAUGUUGGUACAGUUUGGCGUA